GGCCAGGUCGGGUCGCGGUUGCCAUGGCGACCGCGGUGCGCUUGGAGUUGGGACGUUUGGCUCAGGAGGCCGCGGCCCUGGCUGGGGUCGUCCGCGGGUCUCUCGGCCCCCACGGAGGACAGGUUCUGCUCACCCGCCCCACGGGGGAGGUCCUGCUUUCCCGAGACGGACGGCGUGUGCUGGAGGCCCUGAAUGUGGACUCGCCAACGGCCAGAAUUAUGAUAGCAUGCAUUUCUACACACUGCAAUUUGUUUGGAGAUGGCGCUAAAACCUUUAUCAUUCUACUCUCUGAUUUACUACAACAGUUUGAAAAACUUCAUAAAAGAGAUCAAGGGAAAUAUUGCAGUUUGAAACACAUUUCCCAGUUUCUUGUGAAGAUCCAAACAAACAUCCUGGACUAUAUAAUGACACAGGACCUUAAGAAACAUUUUUGGUCAAUCUUUUCUGGUUCUGAUUCAGAUAUAAGACGGAAUAUGGAGUUAGUGUUAGAACCUUAUUUUUGUGGGAAAGUAGGAAGUAACAGACAAAUGUUCCUAACUCAUUUGACAUGUGAUUUCUACUUCAAAGUUACAGCGGGUAAAAACCAGACUGAGGCAUUAUGCUUGGUGAAUGAAUGUUUUGCAGAACUGCAUACCACUGUGACAGGCCUUCCUUUUUCAGAUUCCAGGAUCCUAGAUGGCUUAUUACUUCACAGAGACUUUGCCAUAUACUGUCCUGCAGAUGGUGAUAAAAGAUGUAUAAUAAUAACAGAACCUAUUCACUCCUCUGUAUCUGAGUUGGGUAUAGAAGUUGUCAUAACUGCUAAGGGUCAAUUCAAGGCAUCAGAAACCUGGAUUACAAAAAGAACCGAAACACUUUUACAGCACAUGCAAGACAAUGACAUCAAAGUAAUACUAUCUGGUGUAAAACAGCAUGACAUUGUUCAUCACUUUGCCAAAAAUAAUGGCAUAUCUAUUGUAGAUUGCUUGUUAACAGAGGAAAUCUCUCUUAUUUGCAAGAUUACUGGAAUUUCAACUUUCAAACCAUCUUUGGAUAAUGUUAACCGUGAAAUCACUCAAACAGCUGUAGCCAAAUUUUGCCAGCCCUUCCACCUUGGAACCAAAAGGUUUGUUCACAUUGGCUUUGCGAAAACCUCUACCAUUCAGCUUUAUUGCGUGAUUCUCUGUGGACCAGUACAUGGAGUUACGGAGCAACACGCUUCUGCUUUUCGUGAAGCAUUCAAAAUGCUACAACAAAUGUUUACAGCAAUUCAUCUGCCUCAGAACUGUGCCUCAGAAUUGGAAAAUCAUCCUCUUCUGAAUAAAACUCAGCAACAUUCAUCUCCCCGUCAGCUGUUAUUUCAGGAACACAAUGAUUGGAGAAAACUUCAAACCAACAUCAAGCAUCUUACACCUUGUGGGCUUAACAUGGAGAAACACUCUGCAUCUUUUUCUAUCGUAGAUGAAAAUUUACUGCAUUCAUCCAGUUACAAUUCUUCAACCAUAGUCAUGCCUUCUGUUGAUUUGAUGCAUGGUAGUAAGAGCUCAUUAUUCCAGAAAAAGGAUGAUGACUUAGUUGGCUGUCAAACAGCUUCUUUAAAACCCAGAUUUCAAAAAGAAAAGUUGCAAAUGACUGAGAAUGAACUUCUUGAAGAUAAUCAGCCUGCUUUUAAUACAGUCGAUAAAAAUGUACAGCUGCAAAUUAGUACUGCCACUUGUGCCAGGCUGCUUAAAUAUGAGGAGAACGAUCAAAGGGGUAAUCAGAAUUACUCUGACUCUUGCAUAGAGCUGGGAUCAGUUCUGCCAGUAGGAGGGCUCUUUGAAAUCCUGUUACAUUACUAUCUAUCUAACUAUGCAAAACAAUGCCAGUCAUCAAAUACAUCCAUCAUUUGUUCUGUUCUUGCUGAUGUAUUGCUAAGUAUUCCAAAAGCACUCUGCAUGACACAGAAAAAGAAUGCCUUUCCUCAGCUUUGUCUUCAAGUUACCAAUGCCCUCAAAAGCAAUCAGCAGCUUCUGCCAAAUCAAAGGCUUCUAGAAUCAAUUUCUUGUAAAUACCACUUAGUAGCUUCUGUGCUUCAGUGUGCAGCUCAGUUGCUUAGUGUUGAUUUAAUCAUUAGCAUUAAAAGGCUACCGCAGAAAACUGAAGAGAGUGACUCAGAGGCUGAUGGGUAAAAGCAGACUGCUCAUACGCUGGUGGGAACCUUGUUCGCCUUGUUUGAUUACUUUUUUUUCUUCCCUAACUCGUAGUGAAAGGACCUUUACAUUGCCUCAAAUUCCAUGCAACGUGUAUGCAACUU